GGCCUUCCUGAAGAGCUACAGUUCUCAGUCCGGUAAUGUCGCAGUUUCAUUCACAAGUUACUUCAGGUUUCCAGGCACCGAGUGGAUAAAGGAAUCCAGAGUACCAUUAGAUCUUCAUCACAAUCAUUAGCAUCGCCCAGAUUCAGAUGUACGGCUCGCAUUCGGAGAAGAUUCAGUGACUUCCAAGUUCCAACAAAGAUCUCGGCCGUCCCUGCGAACCUAUGAGUAUGGUGCACCCUCUGCUGAUACGACAUGGCCUCAAUGUCUUGGUGCUGGUGACGAUCUGGCUCAUGAUGGCGUCGAAUGCCAAACCUGAGUGGUAUGAAGUGGAGUCGGCACGCGCAGAGAUCGGCAUCUGGCGACUUUGCGUAACAAGGGAUGUGAGGCGCUGUGUUAGUCUACUGAAGGAUAGGCCAGGCAUUGACGUCAAUGGAUCGCUGCGAAGUGCGCAGGCCUUUUCGGUGCUGGCCACAAUCUUCUCCUGUACUGCUGCAGUCCUGAUCUUCGUCAUGGAGCUAGGCCUUGUCAAACCGGAUAUGCUGCUGGGAAUACCCCGGGUACUGUUGGCCCUGUCCGCACUGUUCAUGUUCGUUGGAGCAUUGUCAUUCCUGGGCUUCAUCGACGAAACCAGCUUGAGUGAUCUUCCGGACUCUCGCUACUCCAUCAGCUUCAUUUUUGCUUGGGUGAGUGUCGGCACGGCGGUGGCAUCAGCUCUUCUUGCCCAUUUCCAUCAUUCAGCGUUAGCCAACAAGACCUUUUAGGUUAGUAUUGCCCUACAGGUACAUGAUUGUAUCUCCCGGGAACGCUCAGCCACCGACAAGGAUAAUACAUAUACAUCAUUUUCAUUUCAUGAUUGUCUCAUGGUAUUAUCUCGUCACUAAUUGCUCUAUUUAUCGCAUUGUUACAAUCCUUUCUCCAAAACGCCUGUUUGGAUAUUAAUUAAAAUAAUUGCAACAGUACACGUACUCUGAGUGCUGUUGCUGUGGAAAUGUCAGCUUUAGUAAAUUAGAAUUAAUUUUAGAAUCAGAAGCUCUCCCAAUCCUUUCAAAAUUUUAGUAAAUUAGUUGCUUGUUUCGAAAUGCAUGCAGGCCGGCUUGCUUUCCCUAUUCACGGUUUCUGCUUCUCUCGACUCUGAAAUAAAUCUGCCUUGUCUUCUGAUCUGCCACAGUGAGUGUGUGCUCCACACUACAAUGAUUCCACCGUACUGUACAUGUACAUGUACAUGUACAUGUAUGUCAAAUGCUAGGUAUUAGGGCAUGUGUCGUGUCCGUGUGUUUCUAUCUGUAUUGUAUUCCGUCUGCUCCUACGUAACAUGUAUCUUUGUCAAGUGUUUGCCGUGGCGUCGAUGUGUCUCGUCUAUGAAUAGCGUUGGGAAACCUAUCACUAUUCAUGCUUUGCUGGCUUGCUGCUCGCUCGCUUCGCUCCUUCAGCUUGCACGCUACUAUAAUUAUAGCAGUAUAUAGGUCGAUGCUUUGCGUCGAUGGGUGGUUGUUGUUGUUGUUCUUGCUUCUCUGUUGCUUGGAAUUACUCGGUCCUAGAGUGAAGCUUUGGUCUUCUUGUGUGGUGAGGGUGAGGAAUGGGUAUCUGGACUCCUGGUAUAUUUCCGUAAAGAACCUGGAAUCGUAGAAUCCUGAUAGGAUGUCUGGCCCACUCCCCGGUCAUGACAUUUGGCGACCACGCCAGGAUGUCCAGUGCCACUAACAUUCCGAACCCUCGGCAGCGAGAGGGAGCGCUGCCAAUAGCCAUCGCCA